UGUUUGGUUCCCUUUGUUAACUCUUUACAGGUAAAAGAAACAUUAACCUUUAGCUAUCUGUUUAUGACAAGUAGUUUGAGAAAAUCCAAAGGAAGCAAUACAAUCCCAACCAAAGCUUCUCUAACUCAAUAAUCUGGAAGCAAAAGAGGACAGGAAAAAAAUAUUCAUUCACUGCCACAGACUAUAAAUUAUUUUCAACAGCUAAACAUGCACACUCAGGUAUCUCCAGAUUCCCUGUUUAGAAAGCUGCGUCUAGAUCACUGAUGGGUUAAAAGCCUGGAACUUCACAUGGACGUCAAAACCAACCGCUCAUGAGGAAGACUGAUGAGCAUGAGGGCCUCUCAUUGUCCACUCUGUAGAGGAGGGAGGUGACCAUGGCUCAUGGGAGUUACUGGUGGACGAGGUGAACAGAAAAGACGUCGCUCAGGUAAAUGAACAAUUAAGAAAUGUUGGUCGAGGAUGGGGUGUAGUGGGGUUAGGAACUAACCCAGAGUUGCGUAAAUCUAAAAAAAGGCAGUAGGGGCUUAGAGUUGUUUCUUUUCUGAAAAUCUCUCAACUGCUCAACAAUGCCUUUCUAGAGGACACAGAAGCUCUGGCCCUGGGUAUUUCCAAGUCUGCCUCAACAGAGCUGCUUGCUUUCUCUUCAGAGACUGAGAGAGUGAUUGCUACAGAUAUAAGUACCACACAGUUUUCUAAGUAAGCCUAUUUUAGUCUGAAGGUAAAGAGCAUUACAGAGAGAACAUACAAAAACAAUAAAAGAACCUGCGCUCAUGCUAAGAAGCUUACCAGAGUUCAUCCCAGCUCUAACAUGGGUGCUGACAGGAAAAGUACUUGAACUCCCACAACCUAGGCGCAGCCUUGUGGUUACAUGUUCAUCACAGUUCAGCUCAGACCACCACCCAGUCUUAUGGCGUCAGUUCUUCCAAUCCUCCCCUAAGGAUUGGGGUCCUCUGUGGACCAGGAGGCCUGUCCAUUUGUCCUGUCAGGAAGAAAGCCCUGACUCAGGUUAAAUCCUAGGCUUUUUUAUCAAAAUAUUUUCUCUCUUUUGGUGUCUGGUGUUUUUAGAGUAUAUGCAUUUUUCCUUGGGGCAGGGGAAGAAGCUUCAAAGGCUGAUAAUGAGGGAUGUUCAUUGGCAUCCCCACUCCCUGUCAGAGAAGGUAUAUACAACACCACAUACACAGUCACAAUGUACCGCACAGGUGCUAGUUCAGUAAAAUCUUACUUCACUCAAUAAAACUUAUCUUAAUUCCAUAAGGCUUUGUGCAGGAUAUUGUCAGUCUGUCACAGUGGAUAUUAUCUAAUUCAAAACAGCUAUGCUAGAUAGAGCUUUUACAAUCUCAAGGUAAAACCUUCCAUAAAAUUAACAUUAAAAAUGCUAAACUGACUGCCAACUUGAGCAAAUAAAUUCACAAUAAAUGUAACUAUACCAUUAACUAAUUUUAAUGUACUGGUAUCAUGUCUUUUCUUAAUCUUCUUCCCCUUUUCGAACCAAAUCCUCCUAGUCCUUUUAAUAUCUUAAUACGGAAAUUGCCUUAUUUUUCUAUUAAUUUUUGUUCCUCUUCUCUGGAUCUUGUUUUAAUUCUGGUAUUCCUUUUUUUUUUUUUUUUUUUUUUUAAAGUGGGUGGCCAAACUCUAGUGCAGAAUUAAAGGUGAAGCUGUAUCACAAAAGUCCUAAUAUUUUCACUAUAAUUCUCCAUCUCCUCCUUAGUACCUUUUUAUGAAUUAUUCACGUCCUUGAACAGACUGUAAUUGAUAGCUGAACAGAUGUCUUUCUUCAGCAGUUCACAACACCACCCAGGAGAGGUUGUGACUUAGUCAGAACACAUCACAAUGUAGGAGGUGAUUAAAUGACACUGAAAACUAGUUGAAAGUCCUGAAUUCCAUUUCCUUAUCAGAAACAGUGGGCAAUUUACAUCGGGUCCCAUUUUCAAAAAUGCCCUGUAAUUUCGAGUGCCCACUUCAAAUGCCAAGGGUUUGAGUCUUGGAGUACCUACAAUUGUAAAGAAGGAAACAGGAGCUCAGGAUGCUCCUGAAAAAUCAGGCCGAUGGUAUCUAAAAUGGAGGCAAUCAAAAUUAGAUGCCACCUUUGAAAACAUGACCCUUCACCUCUUUAUGCCUAAUUUUCACCCAGCUAUAAAAAGGGGAGACAUGGACAUUUCUUGCAAUACUCUUGAAAUACAUUAAGUUUAUGUAGUAUUGUGGGCUUAGCUAGAAUUGUAUAAUUGUGGGGGAUUGCGGUAUCUUUGGGGCGGCAAGAUCUUACAAGUACCAGAUUCUUUCCCGGGCUCUGCUACACACUUGGUCAGGUCUCAGUGUUCUAGGCAGAUUUGGGACCUUUGACAACAUGGUCUGAAAGUUUGGAGCCAGGUUUUCCUGAGUUCUAAUUCCUGCUUUGCCAAUGAGGCACUGCGUAGCCUUUGCCAAAUCACUUAGGGCUUGAUCGUGGCAAGGUGCUGAUGAUAACCCUGAUCUAGCACAGCACUCCACCAUCUGCUUAACUUUAAGCACUUGGUGUCAAUGGAACUGUUCAUGUGCUUAAUGCUAAGCACAUACUUAAGUGUUUUGCUGGAUCAUGGCCAACGUGCCCUGCAUUUUGUAGGAUGAAGCACUCAAGCUUUUUGCCUCACUUUCUCCUUCUGUAAAAUGGGGAUAAUAUCUGUUCCACAGAGAUAGAAUUAAUUAAGGUCUGUACAACACUUUGGCCAUGGAAAGUGCCAAGUAUUAUUAUUGAAAUAAACGACUUUUUUUUCUCAUAUAUACAUAAAAUUGUGUUUAAGAUGUGUUUGUCAUGGUAUUCACUGUUUAUUUAUAAAACAUCCAGUCAGUGCAAUGAAAGUUUUAAAAACAUCCAAAAAAAAAGAACUUCUGUUAGUGAAGAAUGGUUCUAUGUACUUGGUCCUUUGAAAAUUGACUCUGCACCACCUGAACAAUAUACUCAGUUUACUAAGAAGAAAGAGAAGACUGGCUUUCCUAAUUCCAGUGGUUAUUGUUUGCUGUUCAAGAGAAAAUACAUCAUCCAGCUAUAGAGGAAUGUCUAUGGAAUUUUUUUGAGGGGAGAGGACUGAAAAUCUAGUUCAUUCUGGUUUCAACCAGUGGGAAAAAAACCCAAAUCUCUUAAAAGGAAGAUACAAAGUUUAAUUAGCUCAUGGAUCAAUGAAAUCCAAAUAUGUGCACUCAUUUCAUGGACUCUUCCCUCUCUUGGAUUUUAAGAUCUAGUACUGAACAGCCCUGAGGCAGACGUGUAUUAGCUAGAAAAAGAAGCUUGUAGAGGGAAGACUUGCAAUCCUGAUUUACUGAUCCAAAAACAAACAAACAAAAACCCCCAACGGGUGCAAAACCUGAUACAAUUGUUGCUGGGUCAUUUUCACAGGUAAGCUCCUUUUUAAAACCAAAUUCUUUGUGUACACUUAAGGUCCUGGAGAAACAUGCAAUCCAAACGUCCAUAGGACUAAGGUUUGUAGAAAAUGGUGUAUGAAAAAUGGUGUAGAAACGGAAACAAAACACAGCCAUGUUGGUUUAAUGCCAUCUCUCAAAAGUGGCAAAACAAUAAUAGAAAUAUGUAUUGGCUUUUUCUCUCUUAUUUUUAGCACCACACCUAUUCAUCUAAACUCGGAUAUUCCAGAUUCUACAGCCUGUUCCCAGAAAUUAUUAAUUCUUUUGUUAUUUUUAAAUUUUGCAUACGCAGUAGAUUCUUAAUAAAGGAAGCAAAGACAAAUAAACUAGCCAAUAAUAGAGUUCAUAUUAAAAGGGGUAAGAAUUUACGACAAUCUUUUAAAAAUAACUUUAAAAAAAUGAAGUUAUCAGACUUUGCUUUCCUUACUGCAAAAUGGUCCACUUUCUGGGAACAAUGGGUUAAUAAUAGAUGCAUGGUGGAUCAUUUGCAAAUGGAUUUACUGUGAUAGUGUGUACAGUCAUGGUAACUGAAUGUGCAAAUAUAGCGCAUCAAUGCCCACACAUUUUUGCAUGUGCAUCGGCAUUCCUGGACUUCUGACAGGCCUCAAAAUUUCUUUUGUUGAUUAUUUUCUCUGUAUAAUUGUGGUCAAUAGAGCUGUGAAAUCAUCUCUCAAAUAUUCUGGUUUUCAUCCAAAACAUUCUACUAGUUCCACACUCAAAAUAACUGUAGUCUGCUCCUCCUAAGAGUUUAUACAGUUCAAUUACAUCAUGGAGCUGCAGAGAGGUUUUACAUUACUCAGAGGGCCUACUUUAUAUUGGUGUGACUUAUUUUCACUAUUUAAUGAUCAGAAAUUAAUUUGAGUAGGAUAGUUACAUCUCCACUGGACAGUCAAAGGUGCCCGUACUGCAGAAAACAGAACAUAUGUUGUAAACCAUUCCAACUCUAGUAGGUUCUGAGAGUUUUCACAGCAGCUGCUCUCACGAUCCUUUUCUUGGCCAUUUUCUGGUGUUACUUAAAUGUACCUGAACACUAAACUCCUGUCAGCCGAGGUUGAUUGCAUCACAUUGCUAAUACUGGGACUCUCUACUAACUUUGGCCAGCAUGUGUUGCCUAUACCACACAUACCAUGAAUCUGUCACUGAAAACCAUUUUAUGAUUCAUCCUGAGAAAUUUCAUCUGGCAGUAAACACUCAGCAGCUCCCUGAUAAGUUUAUCUCAAUGCAGUAGAUUGAUUCCUUGAGUUGACAGAAUGGUACUAACAGUCUAAACAUCAGCUUACCAUAAAGCUCCCAUUGUGUACACAGAAAUAUUUCAAGGUAGGUUUACGAGUUGUCAAGAAAUCAAACAUUUGAAGCAACAUGGAGUGCUCGGAAUGGUUUGUGUUCCUAGCAAGGGGAUAGGUGGUAAGAAAACCUUCAAAGCAUUUCGUGCACAGGUCCCACUUUCAAACGGAGCAACAUACAGACACUUGCUGUCUCUCCCCCUUGGAAUGUUGGGACUGCAGCAAGCCAUGAGAAGAGUCAGAACAUUUCAAUGCAUGGCUUAGCUGCACAGCAAGGCAGGAAAACAAGCUGAAUAAUUCCUGUGCAGAAAUGCUGACAGUGAGCAAUUAUUUGGGCUGUUCAAACUUGCUUACUUGGUAUAGGCUGAAUCUUGCUCCCUUUUCAUGUGCAUAAAAGACUCAAGAAGACAUAAUGGAACUGGUCCAGAUCUUUUGUAUGCCAGCUGGAGGUGCUUAGUAGGAUUGAGAAAGCCUGCUUCAAAGGGCCAGAUAUGGACCAGUUCUCCCCAGCGGCGGAUUUUUCUGGUGUAGGGGAAUCCUUGGGUGCCAUCAAACCAGGUAAUGGGUUCCUAUACCACCUCUUGCUGCUGUUAUCACAGAGGUUGUGCGGUGAGCUUUUCCAGUUUGGGGAAAGAACAUGACUGCACUGUGCUGUGCUCCAGCAAUUCCUGGCUAGUGGACAGCUAGGCAUAUCUCACAGCAUUCCAGUAUCAGACAACUGCAAACAGCCCACUACUCCCUUCAUCUGUACCUAGGUGAGAGAGAGCACAGCUGAGAACAGAGGCUAUGGUCUUAGUCUUUCUGGGAGUUUACCUGCCUCUUCUGAGAAUCUAAUUCCAACACCAAAGUGUCACGACUGUAUCCAACUACAUGGGAUUAGAGUUUAGUGAUUUGUGACUCCCAAAAAAAUCAGCGGUUCAGUUAAUCAUGUGAUGGUCUGAAUUUAUAACAAGACCUGACACUUCUAUGACACCUCUAAUCCAAUAAUCUCCAUGUGGUUUACCAAUGAGCAGGGAAUAUUAUUUUCCUCAUUUUCCAGAUGAGGAAACUGAGGCAUACAGAAAAUGAGUGGAUUACUUAUGAUCUCAAACACAGACUCAAGAACAGAACCAAGGACUCCUGACUCCCAAGUGCCUGCUCUAACCACUAGAUAACACUGCUUCCUCCAUCAUUUCUUCAGAUGAGAAUAUGGACAUGAGAACUGUCUUAUUCAAAAACCAGUUAAUGUUUCUUAAUUUUGUCCUAUUUUGACUGCGUCCUGGUAUCACACUAACCUAAUGCAGAUACCAAAAAUCUUCCUUACAUAUGCCUGUGCACACAAGGGGGUAAUUGCUCUAUUGUGUCCACCCUUGUGAAGAGAUGGCCCUGGACCAAAACUCAGAUCCCAAUAUCCAUGCCCUAUUAUUACUCCUGCCUUUCUCUACUACAAGAAUCGGUUUUCUUUUCAAUACUACUCUGCUGGAGUUCAGUAGAUCAUAGCAUCUGUGCUAGCUAGACUCAACAAGAAAUCCCUUCACAUCAUCAUAAAUAAUGAAAUUUUUGUUAAUAUUACUUCCUUUACAGGCAAUAUGUACAUCGAAGAAUAUUUAGCAAGAAUUGGAUACAAAGGCUCCCAUGAAAAACAUGAUUUGGAAACCUUAACUGUAAUCUUCCAGCACCACAUUCGAGCUGUUCCAUUUGAAAAUCUCAGCAUCCAUUGUGGGGAAAUCAUUACCUUGGAUUUAGACCAGGUUUACAACAAAAUUGUAAGGAAGAAGCGUGGUGGAUGGUGCAUGGAACACAACCAACUUUUAUGUUGGGUGCUGAAAACACUGGGAUAUGACACCACUCCUUUAGGAGCAUAUAUAUACAACCUGCACCAAAACAAAUAUGCUUCCCACAUGACCCACCUUCUGCUAAAAGUGGAUAUUGAUGAUAGAACCUAUAUCUUGGAUGGAGGCUUUGGCGUAUCCUAUCAAAUUUGGCAACCAAUGGAACUUAUUUCUGGGAAAGACCAGCCUCAGACUCCUGGCAUCUUUCGCUUCACAGAAAACAAUGGGACUUGGUACUUUGAGAAAACAAGAAGGAAACAAUACGUUCCCAACCAAAGCUUCUCUAAUUCUGAUCUUCUGGAAAGAAGUGAGUGCAGGAAAAUUUACACGUUCAGUCUUGAGCCACGAACAAUCAGAGAUUUCCAGUUCCAAUGUACAUAUCUUCAGACAUCUCCAGAUUCCCUGUUUACAAAGAAGUCAAUCUGCAGCCUCCAGACCACUGACGGGUUUCGAGCUUUAAUUGGGUGGAUACUCAUUGAGACAACUUACAACUACAAGGACAACACAGAUCUGGUAGAAUUCACUACUCUUAAAGAUGAAGAGGUGGAGAAGACACUGAAAGAUAAAUUCAGCAUCACAUUAGAGAGAAAAUUUGUCCCAAUUAACCUCAAAGGAUUGUAUGUGAUUUAGUGUAGUGCAUAAAACAUACAAUAAUUCUAUGCAAUUGCAGCAUCUUUCAUAGUCUUUUUAAUAUGACAUUCAAUAAAUGACCUAAAAUCCGUUAAUAUCAGGUUAAAAUGAGAACUCAAGUUCAGAAAAAUAGGCACUUCAGAGUCCCUGUUGAUUAGUUAUCACUGAGAGAAUAAAUGGAGCCCCCACACACUUUUGUGGGCACAAAUUUAGAGACUGGUUUGAGGCUGGAUGAAGAUCUGAGAGGACAUGUGGUCCAGGAAGAAAAAGUUUUCUAGUUGCGUAAGAACACAACUGGGAAAGGAGUACUGGAGUUUUUCUGCUACUGACGUAUAUACGCUCUGUGACCAUUAGAGAAAUCACACUGGCUGAAAUUUCCAAACUUGGUUGCUUAAAUUUAGACACCUGAAGAUCAGACCACUUAUUUAGGUCUGAACUGUGGAUUUAGAAGUACCAAGCACUCAACUCCAUUUCCCCGUCUGUAAAAUGGGGAUAAUAUACUUCCCCACCUCCACGGUGUGUUAGGAGGAAUAAUUCAUUCAUGUAUGUAGGGCACUUUAAGGUCCCCAGACUUACAAGUGCAAAGUAUUAUCCAAUUUCUCUCUGUGAUUACUACAACAAACCACACAAGUUAAUUAUGUUUAGUAUGUCCACAUUUUUCUUAGGAUGCUUUCGUAGUGGUACUAAUUCACAUCCUGUCUAAAGGAUAAAUUUUAAUAUGGUGCCCAAACUUGUUUCUCUAUUGUGCCCACUUCCAUUCCACAUGGCCACAAAUUGAAAUUCCUUAAUGACAGAUACAACUGGGAAUGUUAUCAAGGUGACGAGCAUAAAAAGCAUCCAACUGAAUCAAGUCUAUUUAAAGAAACUCCUUGUUAACUAACGAGUCCCCUCUUCUAAUAGCUGUGGUUUUGCAAUUGCAGUUUCCUAUUCUAAAAAUGUUUCUCUCUGUCAUGUUGCUAUGUGAAAGACCCCAAAAAACAGAGAAACUGACUGUGCAGGGGAAACAGUGUCAAAACAAAGUUAAGAGUAGACUAGUGAGAAAAAUAAUUCUCUAGUCGUUUUUCCUGAUGAUAAUCUUACAUGCUGCUUUUAACAAUAGCAGGCUAAAGAAGAGAAUCAAGACAUUUUCUUUUCGGUGGAUAGCUUCCUUGUUCUAACAUGAUUUAUGCAAAACUCUCAUGAAAUAGAAAAAUAUAUUAAAAAUCAAUGAAAACAAGAGCCUUUGUAAGUAUCAAUUGUAAUUAAGUUUUUAUUCCCCAAAUAUCAGAUAAGUACUAAGUGUUUCAAAUAAAACUCACCACUUUCUCUUUAGCUGGGAGGAAUUUUCAUCUGGUGCUCACAAUCCAUAGCACAGAAACCCUUCUCUUCUACGUAGCCUCCUUUAUGCUGAUAAUGGCUCCUUCUCUGGUUGGCUUUAAUGUAGCCUUUGACAUCCUGGUUAUUCCAUCCUCCUGCGUCACCUCCAUAGGCACCUCUGCUUCUGCUGCCACCUAACUGCUCCUGCUGUCUGCUAAGGGCCUAUUCCCUGUAGAGCUCCAUAUGGGUCAGUCCUCAAUCCUCCCACCCUCUGCAAGGUCAUUUAUAACAACUCUCCCACAGAGAUUUUUUUCCCCAGACUUGACAAUUAUUACCAGGUCCUGGCUUUACAGUGUCAGGUCAAAUGGAGCUCUGCUGAUUUACACCUGCUAAACAUCAGUUUUUCAGCCUGGCAAAUUCUCUCUGAGUUGAUAAAUACAGUAGUUAUUUACCUGUGAACACUAUACCCCAAACCUCUUGAAAGACAGAUAACUAGGCCUAAGAAUGGUAUUAAAUGUAAGAGUCACCAAACCACAGCCCCAUACCAUUAGGGAGGCCUUGUGAUAGGUGCCUUCCCACAGGGAAAGGGAAAGGAAUGAUUAAUUCCUAAAAGGAUCCGGCAGGAGUCAUAGGAGUGAUUUAUACUCCUGUUAUGCUGAUAAACACGGGAUCUUACAUCUACAGGGCAAUUCAGCUGACACCUUUCCCUUGCAAUACAUUUUAAAGUUAAAGUGGACCAUCUCUCUUUCAGGCUAGUUUAAUAAGACUCCAGACUAUUGUGGAGUGUUUUAGCUGCAGUGUUGCAAGUCACAUGGCACCAACACUGCUAAAACCAUAUCCCAACACGUUCAAACUGUAUCUGGAAUUAGGCAAGCACGGUAUCUUGAUUUACAGCAACACAAGGCAACUUCGCUUUCAGGCUGAGAUGUGAAUAAUUGUAAAAUUAAUGGGAGCUGGGUGUUCAAAUCCCAUAGAUGGCUCUGAAUAAUCUCAGCCUAAUGCCCAUUACAUAUACCCAAAGCCCAAGGGAAAAUACCAUCCAUUAACAAUUGUAUGUGGAGUGUCUUUCAGAAAAGAACUAUGAGUAACAAGAGAAAACCAGUUCAAGCUUCAUUUCACCACUGGAAAAAGCAAUUAAAAAACAAGGAACAAAGUUUAAUCAGCUCUUGGAUCAGUGGAGGUAAGAUACAGGACGAGCACUCACUUCAGCUAGACUCUGCAGCUAUGGCUUUUAAGGUCCAGCAUCAAUUAGAUCAAAAGAGACAAGACAGGAAGAAGGGAAGGGAAGGGAAGGAAAGUUGUGCAGUCCUCAUCUAUUCCCAGCAUUGGCAACUAUAGCAAUGGUAAAAAUUUCAACCCAACCUGGCACCACAUAGAAGAAAGAGAACUAGCUCAAUUGUUGCAUUAUUAUUUCAGACAGAUCAUUUAAGUUAAUUAUUUUUGAGAGAUUUUCUCUUGCAAGUUUCAUUUCAUCAAACUGCUUAGGCAACAGCUAGCAAACAUAAAACAAAACCACCAAGUUUUAAUGACUCUUCUGGAGGGGAAAAACAGAAAAAGAUAAAAACACAGGUUGGCUUAUUUUCUAUUAUACUAUUGGAUCCCGAGAAGUACAAUUUAAUUAUUUACAGCAUGCUAGAUAAGGUGUUAAUCCAUUCUCAACGAUGCUGGAUGCAUUGACUGACUAGCGCAUCCAAACAGAGGGCGAAUAAAAACAAAAUCUAGUUUCCUGCCUCAGUUUCUUUGUUAACACUAAGCAGCAGAAGAAACUGAUGACUUGCCAACUAAUUUUGUAGUUUUCCUGAAUUCCUUCUCUGGCUCCUCUCAGCCAGUCUACCUCAAAUAGGACACUUCAGGAAGAGUGAUGAUUGCUAAUGAUAUGUGCUUUCCUCAUGCAAUGCAGUAUUAGACAGAUGAUGAAUCUGGACCUAAAAGCAGCAAAGAAUCCUGUGGCACCUUAUAGACUAGCAGACCUUUUAGAGCAUGAGCUUU